GACAAUCUCUACUCAGGUGAUACUGUCGCCUUUUAUGGUUCAAGAUCAUGAUCCUCGACUGCCUUGUGCUACUUCAUCAGUAGCUUUGCAACCUAGACCAUUGGCUCCCAAGAAACACACUAGGAUUUAUGGCUAUGGAAGCGUGGCCCGGAAGAAUAGGAUGGAAGACUGGAAAGAAAAACAAAGUCAGAUCAAGCAGUUAGGUUAUGACAAUGGAAAAGAUAUUAUUGACAACGUUCGAAAUAAUCCUUCCAUUUCCCUGGUGGAUGAAGGCAGACAGCAACUUUCAAGGGAAUUACCCAUUGCUUCGAGCAAGAUAAACCCAUACAGAAUAAUGAUUGUGCUACGUAUUAUAAUCUUGGCUCUCUUUUUUCAUUAUAGAUUUCUACAUCCUGUGCUUGAUGCCUAUGCUCUGUGGCUGACGGCAGUGAUGUGUGAAGUCUGGUUCUCUGUUUCCUGGAUACUUGAUCAGUUCCCGAAAUGGUGUCCAGUUGAACGAGAGACAUACCUUGAACGUCUAUCGCUUAGGUACGAAAACGAUAAGAAAUCAUCUCAGCUACCUAGCAUAGAUGUGUUUGUGAGCACUGUUGACCCAUUGAAAGAACCACCUCUGGUAACAGCAAACACCAUUUUGUCUAUUCUUGCGGUGGACUAUCCGGCUGAUAAGGUUGCAUGCUACCUCUCAGAUGAUGGUGCAGCCAUGCUUACUUUUGAAGCACUCUCUGAGACUUCUCAGUUUGCAACUAAGUGGGUCCCUUUUUGCAAAAAGUAUAAUAUUGAGCCGCGAGCUCCAGAGUGGUACUUUUCUCAGAAAAAUGAUUAUCUGAAGAACAGAAUCCAUCCUGAUUUUUCAAGGGAAAGGCGUGCCAUGAAGAGGGAGUAUGAAGAAUUUAAAGUGCGAAUAAAUGGUUUGGUUUCCACAGCAGAGAAGGCUCCCGAGGAGGGUUGGACAAUGCAGGAUGGAAGUCCAUGGCCUGGAAACAAUAUCCAUGACCAUCCUGCAAUGAUCCAGGUUAUGGUUGGCGACAAUGGUAUUAAUGAUAUUGAGGGAAACAAGCUGCCUAAAUUGGUUUAUGUAUCCCGUGAGAAGAGACCAGGAUACGAUCACCACCAAAAGGCAGGAGCCAUGAAUUCACUGGUGCGUGUUUCAGCAAUUCUCUCGAAUGCUCCGUAUAUUUUGGAUGUAGACUGUGAUCACUAUAUUAAUAACAGCAAGGCACUUAAAGAAGCCAUGUGUUUCAUGAUGGAACCAGCUGCAGGAAAGAAAAUUUGCUAUGUACAGUUUCCUCAAAGAUACAAUGGCAUUGAUUGCCAGGAUAGAUAUUCAAAUAGGAAUGUUGUAUUUUUUGAAGUUAUUAUGAAAGGUUUAGAUGGUUUACAAGGGCCGAUAUACGUAGGAACAGGGUGUGUCUUCAGAAGACAGGCACUUUAUGGGUGUGAUGCUCCUGUUGAGAAGAAGACUUCAACAAUGACAUGCAACUGUUUUCCAGAAUGGCGUUUUCUGUGUUUUAGGUCCAGGAAGAACAAGAGGCCGAUGCACACUGAGGCUAAAAAGCAGAUACAUUCCCUGGAAACUAUAGAAGAAAGAGAAGAAGAAGAAGAAAAUGAGGGACUUCUAACUGAGGAAUUAACCUCUACUUCCCAAGAAGAACUUGAGAAGAAGUUUGGGCAAUCUUCCACGUUUGUUGAGUCUACUCAACUGGAAGAUGGUGGAAUUCUGCACAACUUCAGUUCUCCGUUAUCAUUGAGAAAAGCCCUUUAUGUAGUCAGCGGUGGUUAUGAAGACAAGACAGAUUGGGGGAAAGAGGUUGGCUGGAUAUAUGGCUCUACAACCAAGGACAUUUUGACAGGAUUCAGGAUGCACUAUCAUGGUUGGCGGUCUGUAUACUGUAUGCUUAAACGGCCUGCUAUCAAAGGUUCUGCACCAAUUAAUUUGUCUGAUCGCCUCAAUCAGGUUCUUCAGCAGGCUAUGGGGUCUGUUGAAAUCUUUCUGAGCAGACAAUGUCCAAUCUGGUAUGGGUAUGGAGGCCGGUUGAAGUGCUUGCAACGUCUUUCAUAUAUUAACUCAGUUGUGUAUCCUUGGACAUCAAUACCCUUGACAGUGUAUUGUACUUUGCCAGCAAUAUGCCUUCUAACCGGAAAAUUUAUCAUCCCAGAGAUCAGCAACUACGCCAACAUUGUUUUCUUGGCGCUCUUCAUCUCCAUUGCAACGACAAGUGUCCUUGAGAUGCGAUGGGGUGGUGUUGGGCUAGAUGAUUGGUGGAGGAAUGAACAAUUCUGGGUGAUCGGAGGCGUGUCAUCACACCUCUUUGCUCUUUUUCAGUGUCUCCUAAGAGUAUUAGCUGGUGUCAAUACCAACUUGACCUUGACAUCCAGAGGUGGAGCUAAUGGAGAACAUUACGUAUUCAAAUGGACAUCUUUAUUAAUCCCUCCCACAACCCUGUUGGUCUUGAACACAAUCGGAGUUGUCAUAGGAAUAUCAGAUGCCAUAAAUAAUGGCUAUGCUUCUUGGGGUCCCUUGUUUGCUAGAUUAUUCUUCGCCUUUUGGGUCAUUGCUCAUCUCUACCCCUUCCUCAAAGGAUUGCUUGGUAAACAAGAUAGAAUGCCUACAAUAGUGAUGGUCUGGUCGAUUCUGCUAGCUUCUAUAUUGACCCUUAUGUGGGCUCGAGUCAAUCCAUUUGCUGCUAAAGAUGGUCCAGUGCUUGAAGUGUGUGGACUGGAUUGUGACUGA